AUGGAAGGGCAACUCGCUCAAUUAGUGCGUGAGGUAGAACGCCUAGUCACUGCGCCUUACGUACCUUCGUUACAGGAUCUCCAUGAUCUGGUAUCCCAAAGCCGAUCUUCGACAAUUGGCGCCUGGGCAUUAUCCAAGCCCUGCCAAGCUGGGUUGUUGGCUGAUGUUUUGGUCGAGGCCUUAUCCCGAUCACGCAUCGCUCUGUCUCUGAUCACUGCAUUCGCAUCUGCAUCAUCUUUUAGAGAUGAGCUGCUGGAGCGACACCCGGUCAUUUUGGACGCAUUUCUAGAAAAGGCCCUGGAGACUAAUGGGACCGAGUAUUUCCCGGCAUGUAUCGCAUUAUUUUCAUCGCCCCUGCCAGCGGGCGUUGUGCCACCAGCCAGGAUUGCCCCCUUUAUCACGAAGCUAGUUAGUAUGAUGGCAGAGAAUCCCUGCGUUGAGACUGUAGCACCUCUCCACGCACUCAUCUCGGGGCUCAAAGGCUCGCCACGGAUCUUGAAUGAUAUUCCAUCCGAGGUCAUGUCCAAUCUCCAGCUGGAGUUCACCAAGACCCUGCGCAACUUGGACGAUCAUAUGGGCAACCUCUUGUGUCUGGCAACCUUUGCGCAGAUUGCGACGGCAUUGAAUAUAGCAUCCCAAAAUCAACACGGAUCGGAAGCGCCAUGGCUUCUUAAUAUUAAGCAUUUCUUUGGCCAGAAACGUGGUCUCAAAACGCUCGACUUGGUUGUCUUGCGUGUCAUACUCGCUUGCUCAUCCAGUUGCAAUCUGGCACCGCCCCAGGCGGCUAAGAGUAUUCAGCUGGCCAUUUGCAUCGCUGACGCUAUUGAGCCUGAGCAGAAACAGGCUUGGAUAGCAGGUAAUAAGCUUAAGAUUGCUAAGCUGUGCGAGAAGGCUGUCAGGGACGGUCUCUAUGGUCAAACACAAACGAUGGUAAUUGUCUUUUUGCACACACUUCUCCCGGCACAUUCAUUGCCAUCCCAGCUACGGGAACUUGGCAUAAAGAUCCUUUUGUCCGAAAAUUGCCAAGAGACUAUGGAAAAGAUACCCCAUCAACUGAUUCCAUGCUUUGCCAAGUCUUUAGCAGAAUCUGGAGAGCCUGCCACUCGUCAACUUUUGAACUUUACUUCCGAUGUCUUAAGAGGUAAUAAAUGGUUGGGGAUGAGACAGCUUGCAGCACUAAACUUGGCAAAUUUCGUAUUAGCUGGUGUGCAAAAAGUACAUCCCGAGCUCUUAUUUUCUAAUGUCAACAACUCCAUGGCUCGUCUGAGGGAAGCUCUUGGGGAAAUGGUUGAAUACUUUCCCAGGCUGCCAAGCGAAAGCCAAUGCGGUGGUGCGGCAUGGUGUGGAUCUGAGCUAUACACUAAUCAAAACAAGCUGUUCCUAUCUCUAUUAAAACUUUACAAGGCUUCGGCGCAGAACGAAACUGACAUUGUCAUGGAAUCCUUCGUGGGACGAGUGGAGCAAUCAAUACCGAGCCUUAACUGUGCGUUCUCAUCAACAACUCCCAAAGCUUUCCGUGGCUCCCUUGUCUUGCGCGACAGACAUGAUCUCUCGUCGACUCAGAUAACCCGUGAUUGGCGCUCUGGAGUUACCGAACUCUUUAUGCAGAAUGCUCAGACCUCUCACGACAGCAUGAUGAGAAAGAUCGAGGAUAUGUGCUUUGACCUAGAGAGUCGCUGUCACGACGUUGAAGGACCCCUAAGAGCUGCUGAAGAAGAACGGGACAGAUAUGCGAUGGAAAACGAGCAAUUGAAAACCCAAAAUACAGAGCUCGAAACCAAGUCAAGGGGCUUAUCCGACUGUUUUGUUGAACUUGGUCACGAGAACACACGCCUUGAACAGCUCCUUCAAGGGCAAUGCGCAUACACCGACGAACUGACUACGUCGCUCGAAUCUGCACGCGUGGAGCUUCAGCAGCAGCAACAGAGUUCCGAGAAGGCAGUUCUUGUGGAAAGAGAAAAGGCCCGCUCGAAGGAAUUGGAGAUGAUGGCUACUUUAACUGAAAAGGACGAUCAAUUGGAAGAGCUUCAGCGGGAAAUGUGCUGUUUGCAAAUGAAGAAUGAACAGAUACGCCAAAGUCUCGAUCAAGUAUCGAGCGAAAGAGCUACGUUAUCUGAACUCUCUAGCUCUCUGAAGCAAGAUCUUGCUAGUGCUACAGAGGCAUUGAAGCAGACUAGGCUUCUUGCUGAUGAGAAAGAAGAUGAAGUGAGCCGCCUUCUGGCCCAGGAGGAAGAUUUGCGAAAGGAACUGGGGUGCAUGGAAACAACGGUUGAGCAACAGAACAUUGAAGUUAAAAGGCUUUAUUGUGUACUGGAAGAAUCGGAGGAAAAAUCGCGGAGUGAGAUUGAAAGGCUGAAACAUGACCAUGAAGCCGAAAGUUCGCGGGCCACAUCUGACAUUGUGAAUCACGAGACAAAAAAUCGGCGAUUACAUGCAGCUAUGCAAGCUGCCGCCCUUGAUGCUUCUAGAGAUGUGCAAUUGAAAGACAAACGGAUUCACCACCUGGAGAGAAAGGUGCAGGCCUUACGAGACGAGCGUGCGGCCAAGGCCCGCGAGUUCUCGGAAGCACAACAACACAUCGGUCGUCUAAUGGGCGUGAUGGGCUUCUCCGCCAACGCCCCCGAGUCAAACGCCCCUCAAACCCACCAACGAACCAGGUCCUCUGUCGACGCCGCUCCAGCUGCAAGGAUCCUGCACACCAUAAGCGACGAUGAAGAUGACACACAGUCAGCACAGCCCUUUGGAUCCAUGACCUCCAACUUUAAUGGUCCUACUCCAAAACGACCAAGAGGAAAUCGCAAAUCAACAAGCAUACCUUAUGACCUAAACACCUCCCCCGCUGCAGGUUCUAAGACAAAAACCCCGCCAUCAGCCACUGGCAUAUCUCAUUCUGUCAGAAAACCGCUGGUAGAGGCUGACCGUAACAGCCCGACGAAAUCACAGUCUAGUACUUCGUCGAAACGAAAUCAGGUGGAUGCCUCUUUCCAGGAGACACAGGCUCAGAGGAACUUUGAGGAGAGCAGGCUGCAUAAUCUAGAUUUGGAUAUGGAUCUGGAGUUUUCUAGAGACUUUCUCUUUUCCAGUACGGCUUUUACGGGGUCAGCGGAUCAGAUAGCUCCUCAGUGA